CUGGGACGGCAAGGACGUGUUCAUCGAGCGCAACUACGUGCCCCAGCAGUGCCCGCGCACCGUCGGCUCCGGCGACUUCGUGCGCUACCAUUACCACGGCGCCUUCCCCGACGGCAGGAAGUUCGACUCCAGGAGGGGGCUCUCACGCUCAAUAUGGGUUUCCCAGGGGUUCGCCGCUGUGUGAACGUAAAGCUGGAGUAGCUGGACCCUGGGCCUGAUCCAGUAGGGCUCUUCUUUGGUCUCUAUGGACCCGGAAGACAGACUGAUUUUCACUGUAUCAUGGAUGCACCAUGUGUGUUCCUACAAGUCGGGUGUAGAAUGCAUCUAACUGUAUCAUCAUGUUAGACUAUGUGCCAGGAUUUGCCUGUGGUAAGUAAAGGUAAAAGGAAAAGCCAACCAUUUCAACUGAGGAAGUGAUCUGGUUAACAGAUGUAGUGCAGAUCAUCAAAAGUUCCCAUAUAAUCAUUUACACUAACUUGACUGUUCUGUGUGAAAAUAGUUUUUUGGCAAAAUUCAAGACAUCUUAGAAUAUUCAUUUUUUCAGAAAUUAGAUUUGUAUAUUCUCUAUCUUAUUCUAGAAGAGUAUCUGUCCUAAGCCAUGGUUACAUAUAUGCCAAAUAAUUCCCUGAAUAAGUACUGAUUUAAAAGAUUUGCUUACAAUUUGCUUAUAUUAGCAUGAUGCAUUCAACAGAGGAGAAAGUACACCUUUGUGCAACAGUGAAUAAUUACGUAUGAAGAUUCUUUUUUGUCCUUAAUCAACUACGUGUUCAUUGUAUCAAGAAUUUCUGACUUCCGUUGUUUGUCAGAGGGUGAAAAGAACUCUGUCUGACUUUUCAACAUCAUGGUCCUACUAUUUUUCAUAACAAAGAUACCCUGUAUGCUUUUUUCUCAGACCCAAAUCUGGCUGCCUUGGGAUUCUCAUAUGGCUGUGCCUCUCUUUCCCCAGUUUUGAUGUUUCAUUGUUUUCCUGGCUUUUGCUCAGUUUUGCUUAGGUGCAUGGCAGUAAAUGCUCUAAAUGAAAAUAUGCUAUCUGCUGGAAGAAUGAAUGCUGAGAGUUUCUGUAAAAUUAAAUUGAACCUUUGGGCAAAAGAACUUCCAUGUCCUGCUUCAAGCUUUCCUUGUAGGAAUGACAUUCCAGUCUCUUGACCAUGAUAGUUGUACUUUCUUGCAUCUUUUGCAACCCUUUUGAGAGGGGGCAGCUAGACCUGUGCCCAGUAAUCCAGUUAGAGUUAGCUAGCUUUCAUGACUUUUAAACAAAGAUUUACAUUUGCAUGUCUAUAUUUAUUAAUUUUACGUUGCUUUUCUGUUAAAAUUGGUGUUUAAGGCAGGUAAUGAUGGAAUUCAGAUAAAACAGCAAUUAAAAUGUUAAAACUCAUAAAAUAAAAACAAUUCCAGUAAACAUUAUAACUAAAACAUAUUAAUAAGAGGGCAAAAAUGGUACCUACCAGAUUAAAACCUACUUCAGCAGCAUAUUCUGUCUGAAUAAAAAUGUACUGUAUUUGUUUGUUUGUUUUUUCAUAAACCACUGGAAAACUACUAGGACACUUGGAAAAUUGCUUACCAUGCAGUGCUACACAUCAGGAAUGGGGAACCUCUGUUUUGGACAUGAAACACAGCUUGCAGGGAUUCCACAUUUGGGUCCUUCUCCCCAGUGCCUAUCCCUUUCACCUGCUCCAGCACCAAAAUAGAGAGGGGAAAAAGGCUUAAUUUGGCAGCAGAUCAGAAAUAAGCUGUUUCCCCAAGGCAAGUGGGGAAGGGGCUUAUCUUCUGCAGAAUGAGCAUACACACUUUCACCUGUCCUAGCACCAAGAGUUGUUCUUCCAUUCAGAGGAGGGGAAAGUGCUUACCUCCAAUCAGAAGCAGCAUUGCAUUAAGCAAAUCUGUUCCCUCAGCUAAUAUGCAUGGAGUUGAGGGGGUGGGACUGGGAAGGGUGAACAUGUGUGCAAGUGAAAAUAUGUUUGUGGGAGGGAUUGCAUGCAAUCAGAGACUCCACCGACAUUGAGCAACGACCUUACUGCUGGAAUAUAACCCUCAGUGUCUUGGUCUGGAGCAGUUUGGUGCUUAGGCCAAAAAUGCUUCUGUUAUGCAUGCUUGCUUGUGAGUAACUUCCAUUGAAUUCAAUGGGACUUCUGAGUAGACAUGAAUAGCAUGACACUGUAAAUAAACUACGCGUUACAGCAUAUAACUCAUUACUGAUCACAGCCAUGGCUUUCUAAGGGGAUGAAGCCUGUCUUUGUGGUCAAAGGUCUGGAAAGUCAAGUAAAUGUUUGUCAAGUCAGUAUCACUAUUCAUCCUGUGCUUGGACUUGAGGGCUCUGAGAAGAGUUCUUUUAACUGGUACAUUUUUAAAGGAAAAUUAGUAGAAUGUACCAGUACUGUAAUACAAAAAUAAUAGGGCUGGAUCUCUAUUGUUAAAAAGCUGCAUGGUCAAGUACAGAUUCUCUUGCUUGUUUUGUAACCUUCCUUUAAAUCACUUAAGUGGAACUCAUGGAUCCCUAGAAAUUUAUGCACCACAGUUUCAAAGCCUAUGAGUUAGACAAAUUCAUGGAGGAUUGGUCUUUCAACAACUAUUAGCCAUGAUAGGGCUGAGGAAAGGGUAAACAUUUUCAGCCUCAAUGACAUGUAUGAAUAAGAUUUAAAUGAAUUGCAAAGGAAUAUGCAAGUAAAAUAUCUUAUCUCUUUCUAGCUAUGACAGAGGUUCCACAUUCAAUGUGUUUGUGGGUAAAAACCAGCUCAUUGCUGGAAUGGACAAAGCACUUCUUGGCAUGUGCGUGAAUGAGAGGCGAUUUGUAAAAAUUCCACCACAUCUUGGCUAUGGGAGUGAAGGAGUUUCUGGUGUAAUUCCUCCAGAUUCAGUACUUCAUUUUGAUGUGCUUUUGAUUGAUAUUUGGAAUUCUGAUGACCAAGUUCAAAUUCAUACUUAUCACAAGCCAGAAAAUUGUUCAAGGACAGUUCAGGUGUCUGACUUUGUUAGAUACCAUUACAACGGGACUUUUCUCGAUGGAACACUGUUUGACUCAAGUCAUAAUAGGAUGCGAACAUAUGACACCUAUGUGGGAAUUGGUUGGCUAAUUCCUGGUAUGGACAAAGGUCUCCUUGGAAUGUGUGUAGGAGAAAAGCGCAUAAUCACAGUACCGCCUUUCCUGGCAUAUGGAGAAGAGGGAGAUGGCAAAGAAAUUCCUGGUCAGGCUUCUCUUGUUUUUGAUGUGGCCCUCAUAGAUCUCCACAACCCCAAGGACAGCAUCACUGUGGAACAGCAAUAUGUGCCUGAAUCCUGUGAACGCAGAAGCCAAGUUGGGGACUUCCUUAGAUAUCACUAUAAUGGUACCCUUCUGGAUGGCACAUUGUUUGAUUGCAGCUACUCACGGAAUCGAACAUAUGAUACUUACAUUGGGAAAGGUUAUGUGAUUGCUGGGAUGGACGAAGGCUUGCUUGGUGUAUGUGUUGGAGAGAAGAGGAGAAUAAUUAUUCCACCUCAUCUUGGGUAUGGAGAAGAGGGAAGAGGAAAGAUUCCAGGUUCUGCUGUGUUGGUCUUUGACAUUCAUGUGAUGGACUUCCACAAUCCUUCAGAUUCUGUUGCUAUUACUACCCAUUACAAGCCUAGCAACUGCUCAGUGCUGAGCAAGAAAGGUGAUUACUUGAAGUAUCACUACAAUGCCUCACUCCUAGAUGGCACUUUGUUAGACUCAACGUUCAUUCUUGGCAAAACCUAUAAUAUAGUUCUAGGUUCUGGACAAGUUGUAUUGGGAAUGGAUAUGGGUCUCAGAGAUAUGUGUGUUGGAGAAAAAAGAACAGUUAUUAUUCCACCCCAUCUUGGUUAUGGCGAGGCAGGAGUUGAAGGCGAAGUGCCUGGAAGUGCUGUGCUAGUUUUCAACAUUGAACUGCUUGACUUGGUAUCUGGCUUACCUGAAGGCUAUAUGUUUGUAUGGCAUGAUGAAGUCUCUCCCAACCUCUUUGAAGAAAUUGACAAGGAUAACAAUGGAGAGGUUCUUCUGGAAGAGUUUAGUAACUAUAUCCAUGAGCAAGUCAAUUCUGGCAAAGGAAAGCUAGCUCCUGGCUUUGAUUCUGAAACAAUUGUGAAAAAUAUGUUCACCAAUCAGGACAGAAAUGGAGAUGGCAAGAUUACUGCUGAAGAAUUCAAACUGAAAGACCAGGAGCCACAAGGACAUGAUGAACUGUAGUUUCAUUUGUUUUUUAAACAUUUGGGCUGAACUGCUGUUAGAGUGUAUGUACCAUAGAAGUGUUUUGAAAUGUGUUUACACUUAAAGCUAGGACAGUGAAAAAGAAUACCCAUGUACUUUGUAUGUGGGAGGUAGGUUAAGGCAAGGGUAUGUAAUGGAAGAUUUUCUCUUUAUGGGAAUUAUAUUAUAAACAUUAAGUUCUUCAAUUGGCUUUCAUGACUUCUAAAAGUCUUUAGAAGGUAACACUGCUCUAUAGCGACAAACAAGUUUGUGGAAAUGUCCUGGAAUGUUAUGAUGGGUUUGUAGUACAAAGAUGUCCAUAUUUCUGCUGAAGUAAUGUGUGUUUCUUGGCACUGGUCUGUUACUUUCCACCUAUGUGCUUCUGUAUCACACUCCAUGACCAUUGAUUAAGAAAGUGAGCUUGCCUUCUGUUGUUUGAAACAUACUCCUAUCUAAGCUCAGCUAAUAUAGUUGGGUCAAGGGGAGAUGAAGACCUCUCAUACAAGAGCUACUGCCAUAAUUUUUUUGAAAGCCAGUGUCAAAUCCAGUUGUAAUAGUUCCAUAGAAAGCUUUCCUGGGCCCAGGAAUUUAUGUUUCUCUAAAAUUUUGUUUGUAGCUUGUACAAGGAGGUUGCAGAAAUGGCUGAUCCAACUUUUUUUUUUUAGGUAUCCUCAGAUUUCUAAUUUCUCCUGUUGUUCACCAGUGCCGUAAAUUUGUAUUACAAACAAAUGUUGCGACUGGAUAUAUACUAGAAAGAUGAAGCAGUAUGCAUCACUUUAUACUUCAAGUGUAUAUGCAGUAUAUGGCUACUGCACCUGAUUUCUGAGUGGCAGGUAAUCCUCAAGUGGGUCAAAGAAGUUAGAAAUAGCCUUCAGAUUAAAUCUCAGGCCACCUCUGGGUCUGCACCAGUAGGGCUGGGAAAUAUUUUCAUCCUGCAAGCCACACGUUCCUUCCCUUUGGCACCAACGGAUAAAGGCAUCGAGAGUGGUUCUGGAGCACCAAAUGGCCAACAUUAGCUAGUUUAGGGAUCAGAAAAGUCUUCAAAAUGAUCACUCCAAAUGCAGUCUUGUUUUUUAAAUUUUGUGGGAAGUGGUACCUAUGAGAUCAGUUUUUUAGAUGUCACUAAUUCUUUAAAAUGAGAAGCUAGGUGAAAAGUUUGGCAUGUAAAAUUACAGUGGCAUUAAUGGAAACAGUCUCACUAAAUAUAGCGAGACCUUUAACUGUACAAUGGUGCUAGUUUUAUAACAGGCACGCUUUUAAAAGCUUUUAUUGAAAAUUUUUGUAUUUAAAAACACUUUGUAAUACUAAUAAUGCCAUCAGUAUUUGUUCAAUGAGAUACAUGCUGGUAUUUUUAUUAAAUAAAACAUUGACAGAUA